GUGGGCCGCGGCGUCGGCCGCGGCGUCGGCGCGCGCGUCGGCGCGCGCGUCGGCCGCGGCGUCGGGCGCGGCGUCGGGCCCGGCGACGGCGCGGGCGUCGCGGCCCAGGACUCGACGGCCGAGACGUCGGCCGUGGAGACGGCGGCGAAGACGUCCGCGGCGCCGCCGGCGUCCGCGGCCGCCGCGAGCGCGUCGUCGAAGGCCGCCGUCGUCACGGGCCCGCCGUCGUCGCUGGGGCCGAAGCAGCCGACGAUGAAGGGCGGCUUCUCCUGGACGUGGUGGUGGCCUCUACGCGGACGACGGCGAGCGCCGGGGCCCGCGGCCUUUUGCGCGGACGGCCCCGUGCGCGCGGCGGCCGCGGCCUUCCGGGACCGGGGCAACAAGCUCCACACGCGCGCCUUCAACUCCUACCCGCAGCGCGGCGACGGCGGCGCGAACUACUGCGACUACAUCAUCCACCGCCACGCGCACUUUGCCGAGAUCGGCCUCGCGGCCUACGACCUCGUGGCGGCGCCGGGCGGCGUGUCGCUCGCGGCGCUGGACGCGUGCUACCGGGGCUUCGACCGCAUCGGGCCGACGAUGUCCAAGGUGCUCCUCGUGACGAACCACCUCUGGCGGCCCCACCUCAACAUCCUCGGCGACGACUGCGAGGUCGGCGACGGCGCGGACGAGGCCUUCUCCUUCCUCUACGGCGCGCGCGGCGGCGGCGACGCCGCGCGGAAGCGGCGCCUCCGCCACCUCUUCGACCACCUCAACUCGCCGGCGCUCGACGCCGCGGAGCCGCGGUUCCGGCCCAUGAUCGCCUGGGUCGCGGAGCGCACGCGCGCGAAGUUCCCGGACAUCCCGGCGGCCGCCAUCGCGGGCGCCAUGACCAUCUACGACCUCCAGGUCCAGCUCUGCGAGUGGCGCAAGUUCCGCAAGAACGUCGACAAGCGCCGCUCCGUCGCGCGCGGCGUCGUGCUCUAG